AUGACAGUGAACGAGAUUGCAGGUGCCUUGGUGAUAAGCGAAGGCGUUGACGAUGAAAUCGAAUUUGAUAAGCUUCCAGACAUCAUUGACGACGAAUGCAUUGAUAUUGAAAUCUUGAAAGAUUGCAAGUCACUUCUUGCAGUUCGAUGCCGCACAGCGGAGUCCGCCCCUGGACUCAGAGCAGUACAUCUAGCUCAAUUCUCUGUCAGAGAAUAUUUGUUGCAGAACCUUCCGGCCCAAGGAAAUGGUUUGAGACUGGACUCAUCGUCUGGAGAUACUCGGGAGGCUAUCGAAUGCAGGAUCCUCGCCGGGCUUUGUCUUCGUUACAUGAUUUGCCCAGCAAUCUGUAGUCCCGAUACCGAGGACUAUCAGAUCUUGAGACACUUCCGCGACUACGCUGCUAACUCAUGGCAUCGACAUGUUUCGCUUGAUGAGCUGAGUAUUACAAGUGACUCGGGAUUGAUGGAGUUUGCCGCUGUGCUCUUUGACGAGAAAGGCCCGGUCUGGGCCCCAUGGAAGAAUGGUUUGACUCAAUUGAUGAUGGCACGAGAGGUAAACUCUCCUGCAAACACUCCCCUAAGUCCUCUGUGGCAUACAGCGUGGUAUGACCUUGUCAAUCAUGUGAAUAAUCUGUCACAUGAAAACAAGGCGAAAAUCGAUGAAAGAGGCUAUUCCGGCAAGACGGCAUUCACACAUGCAGCCUGUCAAAGAGGCCACCUCAGAACCGUGGAGUUAUUGCUCGAGAGCGGGGCUGAGAUCAACCUCAAUGCUGAGUGCGGGUCCAGCCCUAUUUUUAUCGCAUCUUUCAACGGCUACUUGGAAAUUGUAAAUCUUCUUAUUGCCAAAGGUGCCGACGCCAAGAUUUUCGGCAUUGAUGGAAGCUCUCCACUUCUAGCAGCCUCAUACCCAGACCAUGUAGAUCGUACGCCUCCUUGUCCAAGCGAAGGCACAUGUCAAUAUGUCGGAUAUAAAUAG